AUGACCACGAUCGCGUUGACCCGGCCGGUACAUCCCCACCAUGCCUCUUCGGGUAUGUCAUCGAUCUCCUCAUCCAUCACCCUUGAUAUGGAGAAAAUGGUCAGCCCGGCGCUCCAACCCCAGCCUCCAGCUCCUAUUCCAAACAAGCACGUGCCUAUUUGCCCUCCUGGAUCCCCACCUCCCGCCGACACUGCAACGACUCCUCCACCGUCUCCACCUGGAAAGAGCAGAAAGCACGGUGACAGGUCACAACGGUCCAUCCUGUUCCCGCCUUCACGGUAUCCUCGCGCUGAGCAUGGCCGCUUGGCCCUCUAUACAAUCGACGCCGCCGGUGUCGCCUCCGCGUUGGAUUACAUAUCCCGGCAGCCGCUUCCGGACCCAUCGCUUGUCUUCCCUUGGUUCCAUGGUCUUCACCCGGACAACUCCAUGCAGCAGACAUUCUUCUCGCAGCGCAGGCGUCUGCUGAGAAAAACACCUGCCUGUUUGAGAGGGGUGACCGUCGUUAAGGCAGAUAGCCAACUACAUAUAUCUCGCUUGAAGGGUGCCAUUGCGCCUGGUGAAUUCAUGCAGCUUGAGCCGACUGCCGAGUUCGUUGACGUUGAUCCAAGGGAGGGCUUCUCUGUGCGGAACUUUCAGAUCCAGGCUGCGAAGACCGCCAUGACAUCUGAUAUCAUAGUAUAUGGUGAUGAUAGCGUCGCGGUCGAGAAACUCGGGUGGGAUAUUGCAGCUGCCCAAAAACGGUGGAGAGACCAGCAUGAUCUGGACGGUGACCCGCUGCCCAUCUACAAUACGUUCAUAUGCACGGCCACCUUCUCUACCUUCGAAAAAAUCCACCCCGGAAUUGUGGCUGUCGACUCAAGCGGCCAUCUGACUGGAAACGUGGUCGACUUCUUCCACCAGGAAAGACGGGAGAUGUACGCCAUGACCAUGGCCUCUGAAAUCUCACAUAAUGUCUGGCUUGGCCCCUCGCCCCAGCGAGGCUCGGAAGAGGAGCUGCGGUAUGACAUCCUGAUCGAGUGCAGUGACAUUGGCCGUCUAAAUCCUGACGCUCUGCAUGCACUGGCCAACUUGAAUUGUCCGGAUGGCCAGCCAAUCCAUCUGGAUUUCCCGUCGUCUGGCAUUAUCCCCCCUCCAACUUGGUCACAAGACGAGGCAGAUGCAAUCCUGGAAACCUGCAAGUGCAUCUACCAUCUCGCACACGGCAUCACUUUGGAUCCGUCGACCCUGACCGCCGAUAACGUAUUGGGAUCGGACAAUGACACCGUUGGGACAAACGCACUGGACCCGCUAUCUGACGUCCUCAAUCUUCGCCCGCGGAGGAUACUCAUCCACUGCGCGGAUGGCUAUACCGAAUCUACCAUGCUUGCAAUCGCAUAUUUCAGCUACAGCACUGGACGGCCUGUCCCAGACGCGUGGUUGAAUCUCCAUACGACUAUGCGACGCAACUUCUUUGCAUAUCCCACCGACGUGGCGCUGCUGACGGCCCUUGCACCACGCCUCCUCUGUGCUUCACCAGCAUGCGUUGGAAAGGACCUGGCAGAGAUAACCAACAUGAUACGGGACGAGCCCAGGUGGUUUGCCAAUCUGGACGGCUCAUUCCCGAGCAGAGUUCUGGACUACAUGUAUCUGGGCAACCUCACCCACGCAAACAACCCGGACCUUCUGAGAGCGCUCGGUAUCACCCAGAUCUUGAGUGUAGGGGAGAUGGCCAUGUGGCGAGAGGGAGAGCUGGAGGAAUGGGGAGAAAACAAUGUCUGCGCUGUCCAGGGCGUUCAAGAUAACGGGAUAGAUCCCUUGACGGGAGAUUUUGCGCGGUGUCUCGACUUUAUCGAGCGCGGCCGUCGCAAUGGUACAGCUACCCUCGUACACUGUCGUGUCGGUGUGUCCCGAAGUGCUACUAUUUGCAUCGCCGAAGUUAUGCGGUCAUUGAAGCUCUCUCUUCCCCGGGCGUACUGUUUUGUGCGUGCUCGUAGGUUAAAUGUUAUUAUCCAGCCACACCUACGCUUCGCAUACGAAUUACUUAAAUGGGAAGAGCUCCAGUAUCAACUACAGGGAAGCCGAUCUGGCAUCAAGAGGGAGCUUGAGUGGGGGGCUAUUGCCCGCGAAGUUGCCCUCAUGAACCAGCCAUACGUACGAUAG